GUCAUGGUGAUGGUAUAAUUGUCAGAACCAGAUGGAUUCUCUGUUGCAUCUUCGAGUUCAGGUUGAACUGUCAUCACUUCGUUGCUGUUGACUUGGCUGUGUUCAGGUAGAAGGAGGAUCCUUUGGGGUCAUGGACAAUCAAAACAAGGAUGGAGAUUCUGACACAGAGUCUUAUGGGCUUAAGAUUUCAGAGUUAUUGAAGGCUUUGGAUAACAGGAAAUCACCAACUAUUGACCCCCGAAACAUCAGCUCCACCCUACAGAACAUGGGGACAGGCACUUCUAACACCAAUGGGACCCUUAGAUCAAGAGCCUUCCUCCCUGAAAACAUCAGCCAGUUGUCCAAGUGUCAGUUUAAAAGGCGCGAUCAUCUAAGAAAAAGCUUACAAGCCUCCGUACCUGUUCUUGCCCCUAUCACUGGAGUGGCCUCCUCUCAGGAGGGACAACUGCAGCCCAGUUUACCAUCCUCAAAUCAUGUCAUCCUUGCACAUCUGAUGCUGCCCUCUGACUCGGUCUGCUCUAUUGUAGGAGAGCCCGAGAUGCAGCCACACAUCCUGGGUGUGCAGGCUUGGACCACACAGCAGCUCUGUGACCCACUGAUGAUGCUGCCUGAACAGUUUCGCCAGACUGAGCCAACCAGUGAAUGGUUCUUUGAGGACUUGACGGACCUCCAGAUGAAGCUGUUUUCAGGUGCCUUAAAGAAAUCUGGAGUCCCAAGAAACACUCAGGCAGUUAGGAAAACUCAUCAGAACCCACAUCUUUACCACUCGGUCGAAGACAAAGACACGGAAAAUAAAUAAAAUCAAGUUGAAACCAGCAACUAGUUUGCAUUCUUUUUUACA